UAGAUAAACGACUCAGACAAAAACAAAGUGAGGCUCGAGGAAACAUGUGGCACAGUUGCUCCACUGGCAUGAAAUAUGCACCUUCCCUCCUUUAGGAACUGUGUUGACAGAAGCGUGGAUGAAGUUCUGGUGGAUUUCCUCAGCCUGGAGAUGUUUGGCAGCGGCAGCAAGAAGUGGUUUGUGGAGAAGCAGAAGAGGCAGAAGCUGAAGUCAGGCAGGAGGUCGUGCACCAGAAAGAAGAAGAGAUGGGCGGCUAAGAUCCUCAAACUGCACAGACAGAAGAUCCUGAGUGAGCUGGAUGUCAACACUGUGCUCCCCUACUUGGUGUACGAUAAGGUUUUCUCACUCGGAGAGUACAAGGAAAUACUAGGACAUGAGUCCAAUAAAAAAAGGACAGAAAUAUUCCUGGAUCAUCUGUCCUCAAAAGGGCCUUCUGCAUUCUUCUCAUUCUGCUCUGUUUUGGAGGAAGUGUGUCCCCACCUGCUGACCUGCUUCCUGCUGGAUGGAGAAGAUGGUGUUUCGGCAUGGGGGAGGAAAGGGGGCCUCACUGUGCCCCCAAACAGUCCUGGAGAGCAGCCACCUAUGUACACAGACCCUGUGUAUGACUCCAGGAUACACCCCAGCCCAACUGCUGGAUCCGUCACAGCAGCCUCUUCAGUGAGCACCGGUCAGGGCAAGCCAUCACUCCGCCGCAUCAAGGGCCGCAUUCACCGGAGCAAGAGCCUGGACAGCAUUGACCUCCUGGACUCCAAUAGCGCAGCAAUGGAGGAGACUGUCAUUUGGGAACAGCACACAGUUACACUACACAGGGCACCAGGGUUUGGCUUUGGGAUAGCCAUAUCAGGAGGUCGGGAUAACCCUCAUUUUCAGAGUGGCGAGACAUCCAUUGUCAUUUCAGAUGUGCUGAAAGGAGGUCCAGCAGAAGGCCUACUGCAAGAAAAUGACAGAGUCGUUAUGGUCAAUGCUGUCUCCAUGGACAAUGUGGAGCACGCGUAUGCUGUCCAGCAGCUUCGUAAAAGUGGGAAAAUUGCCAAAAUUACAAUCAGGCGAAAGAGGAAGGUGCACGUCCCCAUGGGCCGCCUUGGGGAGAGGGAAACUAUGUCAGAGCAUGACGAGGAGGAGGACAGCUAUGAUGAAGAGAUAUACGAGACCCGGAGUGGACGCAGUGGUGCUUACAGUGGUAUGGGCGGGGCCAUGGGCAGGCGCAGCGGCCGAAGUAGCGGGCGAAGGGACAGGGAACGUGAGCGCAGUGUCUCACGGGAGCGGAGUCUUUCCCCAAGGACAGACCACCGCUCACACAACCUGCCCCCACGUCCUGCCAAGGUCACACUUGUCAAAUCCCGCAAAAAUGAAGCAGAAUAUGGCCUGCGCCUGGCCAGCCAUAUCUUUGUCAAGGACAUUUCCCCUGAGAGUCUGGCUGCUAGGGAUGGCAACAUCCAGGAAGGGGAUGUUGUACUGAAGAUUAAUGGCACAGUGACAGAGAACCUCUCCUUGAUAGACGCCAAGAAGCUGAUAGAAAGGUCAAAGGGCAAGCUAAAAAUGGUUGUACAGAGGGACGACAGGGCUACACUGCUGAACAUCCCUGACCUUGAAGACAGCAUUCCUUCAGCCAACGCCUCUGACAGAGAUGACAUUUCAGAUAUCCAUUCUCUGGCAUCCGAUCAUUCCAAUCGAUCACAUGACAGACAUCGUAGCAGCCGGUCCCGCUCUCCAGACAGAAGAUCUGAACCAUCGGAUCACUCCAGACACUCGCCUCCACAAAUCAGCAAUGGCAGUUGGAGAAUACCUCACAGAAGCCGUGAUGAUGAAAGGCUCUCAAAGGCGGCAUCAACACCAGCAAAGCUAUCAGAGGAUAUUCCUAUACCCAAACCGAAGGAGUCAGCCAUUACCAGAGAGGAGAAACCGCUGCCACCACUCCCAGAGCCCAAACCAGUGUAUGCUCAGCCUGGACAGCCAGAUGUAGACCUGCCUGUCAGUCCCUCUGAUGCCCCUGUGCCAAGUGCUGCCCAUGAUGAUAGCAUCCUACGGCCAAGCAUGAAGCUGGUGAAGUUCAAGAAGGGUGAGAGUGUGGGGCUGCGUCUGGCUGGAGGGAAUGAUGUUGGCAUCUUUGUAGCUGGAGUGCUGGAGGAUAGCCCAGCUGCUAAGGAGGGCCUGGAGGAGGGCGACCAAAUUCUCAGGGUAAACAAUGUAGAUUUUGCAAACAUAAUCCGAGAGGAGGCGGUGCUGUUCCUCCUGGACCUUCCUAAGGGUGAAGAGGUCACUAUUCUGGCCCAGAAGAAGAAAGAUGUGUAUCGGCGGAUUGUGGAGUCUGAUGUUGGCGAUUCCUUUUACAUCCGGACACACUUUGAGUAUGAGAAAGAAUCUCCAUAUGGGUUAAGCUUCAACAAGGGCGAGGUGUUCCGUGUGGUCGACACACUCUACAACGGCAAGCUUGGCUCCUGGCUUGCUAUUCGCAUUGGCAAGAAUCACCAAGAGGUUGAAAGAGGCAUUAUUCCCAACAAGAACAGAGCGGAGCAGCUCUCCAGCGUGCAAUACACUCUGCCCAAAACAGCAGGUGGUGACAGAGCUGACUUCUGGAGAUUCCGUGGUCUUCGCAGCUCAAAGAGGAACCUGAGGAAGAGCAGAGAGGACCUCUCCUCCCAACCAGUCCAAACAAAGUUCCCAGCAUAUGAAAGAGUCGUACUUCGAGAGGCUGGUUUCUUGAGACCAGUAGUCAUUUUUGGGCCCAUUGCUGAUGUUGCUCGAGAAAAACUCGCCAGAGAAGAGCCAGAUCUUUUUGAGCUUGCAAAGAGUGAGCCAAGAGAUGCAGGAACAGACCAGCGUAGUUCUGGAAUCAUUCGUCUUCACACCAUCAAACAGAUUAUUGACAGAGACAAACAUGCUGUGCUGGACAUCACCCCAAACGCUGUGGACAGGCUGAACUAUGCUCAGUGGUAUCCAAUUGUGGUCUUCCUAAAUCCUGAUACUAAGCAGGGUGUGAAGAACAUGAGGACCAGACUGUGUCCUGAGUCCAGGAAGAGCGCCAGGAAGCUCUAUGAGAGGGCCAUCAAACUGAGGAAGAAUAAUCACCACCUGUUCACAACCACCAUUAACUUAAACAAUAUGAAUGAUGGCUGGUACGGAGCUCUGAAAGAAACAACCCAGCAACAGCAAAACCAGCUGGUAUGGGUUUCAGAGGGGAAGGCGGAUGGUACUGCUGAGGAUGACUUGGACAUCCAUGAUGACCGUUUGUCGUACCUGUCAGCACCAGGUAGCGAAUACUCCAUGUAUAGUACUGACAGCCGCCACACGUCUGACUAUGAGGACACAGACACGGAAGGGGGAGCGUACACAGACCAGGAGCUUGAUGAGACUCUGAAUGACGAGGUGGGUCUGCCCACGGAGCCUGCCAUCACUCGUUCAUCAGAGCCUGUGAGAGAGGACCCACCUGUAAUUCAGGACACACCGGUUUACCCUGGAUACCAGCACCCUGCGCAGCCGGAACCAUCCAGCCGCAUAGACCCUGCUGGGUUUAAGAUGGCCACGCCGCAGCAGCAAGAUGAGGCUGCUCUACCCUUGCCCUCGUUGCCUCCAACGGCGGUAAUGCCCUCUGCUGUUGAGCAGCCUGUGCAGCUAGAGGAGCCGACUGCUGCAGCCGCAGCUCCUCAGGCUGACUCACUUAACAGCCCCAGCCCUGCCCCUGAGCUUAUUCAGCCCCCACCACCACCACCAUCACACGAAUCCUUCCCAUCUGGACCGUCUGGUCCAGAACCAAAGAUGUACAAGAAAGAGCUGUACAAUAUGGAGGACCCUGUCCGGAUUAACCACGGUCUGAAACCGUCGAUGAGCUACAGUCACCAGCCGCCGUACCAGGACAAACAGCCAUACCGUGAAUAUGACCACCCGCCUUAUGGAUACGAUGGAGGCGGCUACACAGAACCAAAGCCUCACAACACUGACUCUCAUCUGCACUACGACAACCGUGUGCCUCAUUACAACGAACAGUGGACGCCCUAUGACCAGCAAACCUCACCCUCCCAGCCCACAGGGUACCAGACGGGCCACCAGCAACCUAUGGGCUACAACCCCCAGUCCCCCUAUGAGGAUGGACCAGGGAGGGACUACAGCCCUCCUCAGCCACGUUAUGAUGAGGGCUUACCAGUGGGAUAUGAUGGCAGACCACGCCAUAGUAAACCUGGGCCCAUUCGUUAUGAUGAACCCCCUCCUCCACCCCCAGCAAGCUAUGAUGCCCGCUCUCCUUAUGAUUCAGAAACUCAUGGCUUCCCCAUCAAUUCACCGCGUUCACCAGAGCCUCCAAAACAAUAUUACGGUGAUUCUGGUCUGAGGCCCACUUAUAUUCCAGGGCCUCCAAACCGUGGCUAUAAGCCAGGUGUACAUGAGCCUAUAAUAAACUCUGAACCCACCGCCCCCCCUCCUAAAGCAGAGGCCCUGCCCUCUCCAGGUGAGCCAGCGAUCACUCCAGGCUCCAAACCUCUCCCACCUCUGCCAAGGGAAGACCUAGAUGAGGAUCCGGCCAUGAAACCACAGUCGGUGCUCAACAGAGUCAAGAUGUUUGAGAAUAAACGGUCUGUUUCUAUGGACAGGGCAAAAGAGGGAGGAGAGUUAUCAGCACCCAGGCCUGCAGAUGUUCCUAAACCUGUGAGUGCACCUGGUCCAGUCCUCAAAGCCAAUUCCCUAAGCAACCUGGAGCAGGAGAAGUCCACCUAUAGGGCUCCUGAGCCACAGAAGCCCCACACUAAACCACUGGAUGAUAUAAUGCGUUCCAACCACUAUGACCCAGAUGAAGAUGAGGAGUACUACAGAAAGCAGUUGUCCUACUUUGAUCGCAGAAGUUUUGACAGCAAAGCCAUGGGCCAGCCUCCUCCUGGCAUGAAUCGCUUCCAUGAUCUGCCCAAACCAGCUCAACUGUCCUACCCGUACAACAGAGUUGAGUCUGUUGAGAAAGUGAGUCCAGUGGAGAAAAGAUAUGAACCCCUGCCCCAGAUCAGCCCCUCCUCUCAGUAUGGACCUCCUGUCUCCUCCAUCCCUCCUAACACACUGCCUAAACUCAGCCCCAGUGAUGCUAACUCCAUACCUGAACCACUGAGCUCACCCAAUCCUAAACCUGAGAUGGCAGCUCUCAGGCCUGCCAGUCGGGAUGAACCAACACCCGGUAGCUACCUGCCCCCGAGGGGCCUCCCCGACAAAUCACCAGUCAACGGCACCGAUGCAGCGCCCCCAAAGAUGCUUGGUACUCCAGCUCCGACUAGCUAUAACCGCUACGUCCCCAAGCCUUACACCAGCUCAGCUCGGCCCUUUGAGCGCAAGUUUGAGAGCCCCAAGUUCAACCACAACCUGCUGCCCAACGACACACAGGUGAAGACCGACCUCCUCACCAUGCCCGGUGUGGUGAGUAGCACCAGUGGGAAGCCUCAGUUGUCUCCACAGCCCCUCGAUCACGACAGUGGCCUGGACACCUUCACACGCACUAUGGACAACAGGCCCAAAUACCAGCACAAUAACAUCAACGCCAUCCCUAAGGCCAUUCCUGUCAGCCCCACUGCACUGGAUGACGAUGAUGAAGACGAAGGGCACACGGUGGUGGCUACAGCCCGUGGCAUCUUCAACUGUAACGGAGGGGUUCUGAGCUCCAUAGAGACGGGCGUCAGCAUCAUCAUCCCCCAGGGUGCCAUCCCCGAGAAUGUGGAGCAGGAGAUUUACUUCAAGGUGUGCCGGGACAACAGCAUCCUGCCCCCCCUCGACAAGGAGAAAGGAGAGACACUGCUCAGUCCACUGGUGAUGUGUGGCCCUCAUGGACUCAAGUUCCUGAAGCCGGUGGAGCUGCGUUUACCUCACUGUGCGUCCAUGACUCCUGAUGGUUGGUCUUUUGCUCUAAAAUCCUCCGACUCUUCGUCGGGUGAUCCAAAAACCUGGCAAAACAAGUCUCUCCCUGGAGACCCAAACUACCUGGUGGGUGCAAACUGUGUAUCUGUGCUCAUUGACCACUUCUGAAGAGGGCAACAGCUGGCCUGUUACUGAAUGUGAUAAACUUAGGGACGUCAGCCCCCCAUAA